AGAUUGAUUGAUUGAUUGAUUAAAUCAAGAUUAGAAAAAGAAUCAUUAAUUCAUUAUUUUUUUUUGAAAAGAAAGAAAUCAACAGGUGUUACAGCCAAAAAGAAAAAAAUUAAUGAAUGUUAGACAACGUAAACGUAAAUGCCGUGAGCCAAAAUUUUUUGAUUCAGAAAGAUCAUCAUAUCUACAAGAAUUAUAUGAUGAAUAUUUAACAACUAAAUGUCCGGAUGCACGAAAACAAACAUUAUCAAAUUUGGCAAAUUUUGCCUAUAAUCCGGAAAAUUAUGGUCAUCUAAUUUCAAUGUCAAUACAUUGUUUAUUUUUACAAUCAAUCGAUUCGACUGAUGAUUUUAUUGCAAUCACAUCAUUAAAAGGAUUAUGUAAUAUUGUUUGGCAUCCAAUUGUAGCCAAAUCAAUUGGACAAAAAGAAUCAAUUAUAAAAAUUUUAUCAUCAAUUGAAUGUAGAAAAUAUUUAAUCGAUUUUAUUAUUAAUGGAUUAUUAUUAUUAGUCAUCAUUUUUAAAAAGAUGAACAUACAAAUCGAUAAUGAUGAUGAUGAUGAACAAAUACAAUUUCGAUUAAAACGGUUAAUAACAAUGAUUGGUAAUGAUAUCAAAGAUGUUCGUGUACAAAAUUAUUGUCAUUUGUUAAUGGAUAAUGAUGAUGAUAAAUAAACUAUACUAGACGUGGUUUUUUUAAUUGAAUUAC